UUAAUUAUUAGACACAGGUCUUUGCCCAGACGGACUACAUUCUUCAAACCUGUAUAACAAAUUGGGGAAGAUAUGUUACCAGCACAGAAGAGGGACUGCCAAUACCAAACAUGAAGAUGUUUCUACUUUUCUUUCCUGCCCUGCUAACAGCAGUGACCGGUAACCCUGUUAAGACAGGGCCAGAAAUGUUCUACCAAAUAGCGGAGAAUUUUGAAGUCAUAAAGAGAUUUGCACGGUCAAUGGGUGAUGCAGAGGGCUCUGGAGACACUGCAGAUGACACUCUAUUCACUGAAAACAGGGCAGGCUCAUGUCACUUGCACCCAAGCCCUGGUCCUUGUUCUGCAAACAUCACUCGCUAUUUCUAUAAUACCUCGUCUAUGGCUUGUGAGAGUUUCCAAUAUGGCGGCUGCAUCGGAAACCACAACAAUUUUAAUACUGAACAGCAAUGCAUCCAGACAUGCAGAACUAAGGCUGCCUGCCGUAUUCCGAUUGCCACAGGCUCAUGCAAUACAUCUGACACCCGCUGGGCAUUUGAAGAGAACCAAAGCAAGUGUGUCACCUUCCAAUAUGGAGGUUGCAAAGGAAACAGCAAUCACUUUUACACAGAGAAAGAGUGCAAACAUUUUUGUGAGGUGCUCAUAGCAGAUGAAGAGGGAUUUAUAUAAAGAAGAAUCUGUCUGGAAGGUUGUCUCUGCUUAGCUCUCUGCAUUCUUUGCAUUUACUUUACCAAGCUUCAUACAAGUAGAUGUUACCAUUCUGAAUCUGGUCAUACACUAAUAAAAUGUACCAAUAAAUACUGCAUGGUUACACAGUGAAGGGGUAGUUUGUGUAGAUACUAGCACUGUAUGGUCAAUUUUGAUGAUCUAACAUUGGUGUGUGACCAACUUAAAGUGGACCUAUUACUAUUAUAUGUUCCAACGCUUCACAUCGCUGACAUGUCGCAAUAAACAUCAACCGUAUGCAUUUUAAACAAAAAGCUCUACCAUUUAUCAAUAAAAAGAAGCCCUUAUGCUUUGCCUUGGCUGA